AUGUAUCUAGCCACCAUCCUCACAGGCUUGCUGUCCAGCUUGACCAUCACACUAUCAGCUCCUUUAGCGACCACUCCGGAACUCUACGGCGAGCCAUACAACUGCGGUUACGUUCUCACUAUCCGAAACAGCAGUGCCUAUGCCGGUAUCUCCGCAUAUCCCCCAGCCCAAGCCGAGUGUACGGCGAUCUACUACAACGAUACGAUUCCAGGAUACCAAGACGCAUACGCCUACAGCUUGUUUGGAGGCUGUGAAUGUUCAUUCCACCUAACCGAGGACGACUGCAAAGGAGCUACCGAUCCACCGAUGUAUGAGGGACCCACUGGAGAUCCUGGCGAAGAACCCUGCUUCGAGGAUCCCAACCCCAAAUGGUACAGAUGCGCAACCUUGGGAUGA